AUGGCCCACAAACACGAUGGCGAUGACAGCUUCGAUAUGAGCAAGGUGCCACUGUAUCGUAAACCCACGGUGCAGUCCAGAAACCUAGCACGCGCGUCGUCACGGUUCCCCCCGAUCCUCGAGCUGCCUACCUUCGAUCUUGAAGAGAGCCCCGAAGAGGAAGACUCCAGCCGCACAGUCCCAGGAGUCACUAAUAACGCGCAGGGCACAAGGACUCACAUAGACAUAACCGUCACCACGCCGAGCCGAUUGACAGCAACCCACGCACACGUUAACCCAGCAGCCGAAGGCUCGAAUGCCGUUGUCAGUCCGGCCCGCGCCGGCCGCAGGAGCACCUACCACAGCACCGACCAAGUCCGUGCCUUCCACAGCCGCGACCCAGGAAACUGCAUCCACAAGCCUUGGCCGCCCAAACAGAGGCAUAGACGGAGGAGCGCACGUCUGAAGCGCCUAUUCCCAACCAUACAUAUGCAAGACGCCUGCAAGACGCCUGCCAAACGCGAACGAACACCACCGAGACUGCCGCGGCUUUCGCCCGCUCGGCGAGAAGCAGGUCUUCUCCUUCCUCUGAAGGGGCUCGGUCAGCAGAUCUGGACGACGCCGACGCAGGAGAUCGUGGCGCGUUGCCGGGCCAACGGCAUGGAGUAUGACAAGGCUGGGUGACCUGGUGGAGGAGUUCAGAAUUGUCGUCGGGGGCUGUUUGGGCGUUGUGGA